GUGACGUCAGCGCGCAGCGGCGGUGCACUGACGCGCAGCGAUUGGGUGAGCGCGGAGCUAAACUGUGUUGUAGAGUAAAAAGACAAGUCACGGAUUACCAAAACAAAAGCUGCGGCCGCAUGAGGCCAACUAAAGACACUAUCGCACUUUCCGGACUCACAUUAUAAAGAUUUCGGGUAAGGAAACCUUUUUUACUUUCCUUUUCCCUCAAGCCUUGUCGGUUGAAAGAGCUACUCAGCUGCUUCCGCCCUCUAGGAAGUUUCUUUUGUCCUCUUCAGUCAACAACAACAAAACAGACCAGUCGGUGUUUUGAACGGAGAAGGUACUCUUACGGAGUUACAAGUGUUGUGAUUUAUGGCGGUGUUUUGUCAGAAACAAGUCGGUUAUCUCAGAGGUUAUCACUCUGUGAAUACCUUUGGACUGGCUAAUAUGAGGGACAGCAAAGAGAAAUAGAUAUCCUGCUGGGUGUGUUAGGUAGGGGCAGCAUCAGCGAUACAAUGGACGAUGCCAUUUUAUGAUUGUUGAAUAUUUAGCUUUUGUGCUUUUUGUAAUUCAACAGCACACCUGCCACACGGUUGUUUUGAGACUGUCUUCUCUUCUGUGUAAAAUUUAUGCCGAUAAAUUCAUUUUUGAUAAUUGUGUACGUUUGGAUAACAUGCCUUGAGUCUAUGGUGCGGUUCACCCUUACAGGUCAAGUGCAGGGCAACAGUCUCAAACAUUGUUUUGGUAUUUACAACCUGAAACCCCAUCAACAAUGCUCAGAGCUCAGCAUGUGGAUCUACUUACAGACACUGCCCAGUCUCUAUUUUCUGGUGGUUUGGGGAUUUUACUGUUUAUAUUCACAUUUUUUUAACCUUUUCCUGCAGAUGUCACGAUGGCUGCAAAAUUCACUAUUUCAGACAGUGAGUCCGAUUCAGAGGAGGUAAAAGACGAAGAAAACCAUUUAUCAACUGUGGAGAAGCAGGAUGUACUCAAGCGACAAACCCUUACCUUACCUGAGCUUAGACCAACAGGUAGGAAACCUUAAAAAAAGUCUGGGGGAGGAGAAUUUAAGAAUUUAAAUGUUUAAAACAGGUACAAUGCUGACCACAAUUGUGCCUCAGACACAGCACAACAUUUUUCUGUUGCCUAACCCGCUGCUAUCCAUUGUUGAAGCAUCUUUCACUGUUCAACGUUCCAGACAUGGGGUCUAAGUUUUCUUGCUUGACAACUAGAUAGUCUCCUGCCAAGCAAGUUAAACCUGCCACAUUCUGUCUGAUAGGAACACACAGACAUCACUGUCAGAAAAAAAUAGAUUUUUUUUUAAAUGUACCAGCUUUAAAAGCUGUGCCUGCUGUUUCCUGUCAUUCAAGAUCUCCAUAAAAUACUAUGGGUAUCAAGAUAUCAGUUUGUUACGGCGUAACAAUGUGCCACAAUUCAAAAGGGGAGUUAAAACUUUGGGUCAAAUAAGAUUUUUACUCUCUCGAUGAGAUUUUCUACUAAAAGAAAUCAAGAUUUUUAAAGGACAAGUAAAUGAAAAAGAACUUUGUGUCGGUGUGUAGCAGUUUAACUAUGCCCCAUGUACAGAGGCUCUAUUCCUCCUCACAACAAUAAGGUUUGACUCCUGAUUUUUCCCACUCUCUGCCUCCCACAUUUCCUCUCUUGAACUAUGCUAUACGACUAAAGCAAAAAUAACCUAAAAAAAACAAAACAGCAUGUUAAAACAGUUAUUCAUCAGCAGCAUCUUCAACAUCACAGUCUGUUUGCCUCAUUUUUAUCCUACUUCAUUGUUGUGUUCUUUUGUGUUUCAUUUUCAAAACAACUAAGUUUCUGUUUGUAAUUUCUCAUAACUGUGAGUCCUAUUAUCUAACAUUGAUUCAUUUCUGCUGUGUCUUAAGUAAUCUUUAUCUCUCCGAUAUAGCAUCAGGCCGACUCAGACUGAACUCAGAGUCCCACGCUUACAGUGUCUCCAAAGAUGAAGAGCUCCAGGCUCGGGGAGAGGAAGAAGCUGGAACCCCUACUGAGGGAGCUCCAUUUAGGGGACGAUCAAAAUCAGCUCCCCCUGCUUUGUGGGCUGCCAAGAAGUAUGGUCAGAAGCUCCGGAGGAUGAGCGACGAGUUUGACAGCCUGCUAGACAAAGGGGUAAGAACGGGGGAUCAGAGGGUUGGAAGAGAACCUUAAUGGUGCUUUGAAAAAAAAAAACCAGAAAGAUCCAUGGGGGUUGAUAGUCACACAAAUUGAGGUAAUGUGACAAAGGGGUAUCAUUUCGUAGCCUCCUGUUUAAAUAAGACGCCAAAAUGACAGUAGAAAUCAAGGAUAUUUUGAUUAUCACAGCAGGGCAGUUAGUUUACAGCCAGACAGAGCUGGAGUACUAAUGUUAGCUUUUGUCCAAAAAGACAUUAGAGACAAUGAAAAAAUAUAUAUAUUAUUAAGCUUUCAGUAAGUCUUUGAAUUCUCAGAACCUAAAGUUUCCAGUUGCUGGUCAGUUGGAGGCAGUAAACUUACGCUGCGUUCCAGUUCCAUUGGAAGUCGCGUGUCAGAGCUGGGAAUGAUGUUACACCAGAGUUGACAGUGUUCCAGUUAACAAGUCGGAAAACCAAGAUGGACGCCUACAGUUAGCCGUUGUUAGCUGUUGUUUACAAUUGUCAGCUGUCAUUAGCCGUUGUUAGCUAUACCAGUUGUAAACAACGCACAACACAGUAUUUUACUCGUACAAACACCAUAGCACCGUGUUCACAGUUAGAUGUUGGGCAGUACAACAUAUACCACUUAUUUAAUUUCACAAAAACAAAACAGAAGUGCUGAUAAAUAAUUCAUUACGAGAGCUUUUACUGUUACUCUUUACUGUUGGUGCACUGUGCUGCAAUCUUGGAUCAUGACGUUGUCGUCAAGUCAGGGUUGGCGAGGAUCGUCCAACUUUCCGAGUCGGAAAUAUGAGUUCUAGGGGGACAUUCCAGAUGAAUUUCCGACUCUGAGCUCGGAAAUCCCGACUUCUGAGUACAACUGGAACGCAGCGUUAAUAUGUCAUAAUAAAGCCAUUUGUAAGACUAAGAACCUGCAGUACAGAAACAAGACAUUUCAGGUAAAAGUAUUCAGAGUGUGAUGUUGGAGGUAGGGUGAUUUAGAGACUAAGGGUCAGAAUGAGGAAAAAUUUGUUUGUUGGCAAAGAAAAUUAUCAGUUCACUUUUUUAUUUUCGCUCAUUUUUGUUUAUUUGUUAUUUGUUUAUUCUGUGCAGGAGAUGAAAAAGGUAAGGAGCGCUGGGACGACCAAACAGAUCCACCACUCUAAAAGCUGGUGGAGCUACCUCUUCAGUCACCAGGAGAUGGAAGGAGAGAACAACCACCAUGAAAACCACACUCACCGCACAGAGUAAGCUCUGAGAGAGAAAAAAUUGACUGAUACAAGGUUCCGGUGAUGGAGGGAUUAAAUGGAAACGAGAAGAAAGCGACUGGGAAGCCCAGAGAACAUUUGCAGUGAGAACAAUGAAACCUGCUCUGAGCGGGGACCAAAAAGAGAGGUUGGUUUAAUCAAAAGAAAAGUGAGGGAUUCAAACAGAAAGGUGCGGCUUAGCACCAGAUCCUUGUGUCAUUUUAUGCGUAAAUGCUAACUACAUUUGACUAAAUUUUUUUGUAUAUGUGUUGGUUGUGAUGUUAAUGAUAUUGUUGGGCAGCCUACUGUGAAAGGGUGAUGGACAAGCAUGAAGAUAGACAGGAAGGUAUCAGAACUCCAUUGACCAGCUGAAAUGAUAUACCAAGAGAGGAGAGGUGACACCUUCAAAUACAAAGAUGCUGAUUUUACAGAUGACCAACUAAAGAUGCUCACGAUUUUAGCUGUCUUGCUGUCAAAAAUAUGCAACAUACUGUAGAUGUCGAGAUAGACGCUCUGAAAACAUCACACCUGAGGCCACCUUGUAUACUGUUGAAAUUUCCUUUCAUAGUUUUCUUUUCCUUCAGAAAAUGUCAAUGUGUAAUUGACGCUUGUGUUUAUCACGAACGUAAAUGAACACAAGUUAUCAGAGACCACUGUAUUUGUGUGCCAAAACAAUCUGCAGGUAUCAGAGGAAGUGAUUAAAGGUGCAGUGUGUAGUUUUUAGUAGCAAAACAGCCUUGAUAAAAAUUGAAUAUCAUAUUCAUUAGUAUGUAUAAACUAGUAUCUCAUCACCUGAAUAUAAGAAGUCAGAUGUCGGAGCUGGGAAUGACGUCACACCUGAGUUACCAGCACCAAGUCGGAAAAAAGCAAAAUCAGAGGCGGAAACAAGAUGGCUACAUCUACGAAAGUCAUUUUAGCACUUGCCUUGUCCUUGCUUAAAUUCGGACAAGGCAAGCGCUAAAAUAACUUUUGUAGAUGCAGCCACCUAGUUUCCGACUCCGAUUUUGCUUUUUUCCGACUUGGUAACUGAAACGCUGGUAACUCGGGUGUGAUGUCGUUCCCAGCUCAGACUUCUGACUUCCAAGGUAACUCGAAUGCAGCAUUAGAAUCAGCCUUUACUAUUGACAGGAGAGUCCCCUCCCAUGAAGGUCACCAUCUUGCACUACCAUGUUUCUACUGUCUCACAGAUCAGGCAAACUAGAAAUAUCAAUGUUUCUUAUUUAGUAGGUGAAGACACAUUUUCAUGGAGUAUCAUACUUCUCAUACAUCACAGGGGCUUCUUUUCCCCAAAGACCACCAUCACCUUACCCAUGGGAGGGGUGAGAAAGGGACUGUUUUAAUCCAGACCGCUACCGAACAUUUAAUAUCCCCAUUUCUACACACUGUACCUUUACAAUGAAAGGAUUUUUUACAAGUGUUCAACAAUGGCCUUUUUCCUGCUUCCCGCUUCUGCUACCUGCAAGACAGUUCCACUUUUUCCACAACAGUACUUGACUAUCACUGCUUUAUGUCGAAAAUAAUCAAAAGAAGAACAAUCUUGUACAAGGACAAUCUCUGAUGCAGAAAUAUCUUUUGUAAAACUUCAGGGUAAGAUUCUAUCUAAAGAAAAUGAAAUUAAACAUACAUAUUAAAGCACAAACCAAUAUGAGUAUAUCUUUUUAAAUCCUUGGAUAAGCAAAAAAAAGCAGACUUUGACAUUUUUAUGUGUAAAUAUUUUGUUAAUAUUUUAUCAAAUGGGUGGUUGGGAGGUUUAAACCUGGUUUAGCGAGAAUCUUAUUUUGCAAGUUUCUAUAUUACAAAGUUACUGUGCUUUUAAAUGAGUCGGCAAACCUAGCAAUAGGCAGUGUACAAUCCAUGGCUGUUGUGUUUAAUGUUACGUGCAUAUUUAAAAGAUGUGUGGAUGAAUUAAUUGCUGUACAAGGAGCCAACACAGUAGCCCGUGCUCAUGUUUACUCUGUAUUCAGUGCAAAUGGACUGUGAAAAUGAAACUUGAGGGGGUCUCGUCUCACUUAACACAAGUGUAAGGAUUUUGAUCAAGUUGUUCUGAUAUCUGCACCAGCAGUGGUAGUGCCUCUGGUACUGCCCACAACCUAAGAUCAUAGUAUGCCCAUCAGUGCACCCGUCAGAUGCCAUUCGUCAUUAUCUUCUAGGUUUUGGCUACACCUGUUAGCACGGUUUAGUUCAUCAGGUUAGGAUUUGUUUUAACAGUGGCAAUCAGAUUACAUUGAUUUUGGUUAGUUAGAAAUAACUCACCUUUUUAAAACAGAGGGGUACUCAGGGUGUACUCUGAAUCGGUGACUGGAAGGUUAAAAUGGUCUAACAAAUCUACAUUUAAAACUUUUUUGUCAAGCUUUUUAAGAGGUUAUUGAAUAAAAUCAUUUAAGCAGAGCAGGGUUACAAGAAAAACAUUUAAUUCAGGGGCACUGCAUUGUGUAUAAAAUAAGAUCUACCAAGGAUUAGCCAGUGUGUGCUGACCCUGUGAAAGAUUAGCUUUGUAUGUUUUUUAUACUGAGGCUUUUAGCAUUUUUAAAGCUGGUGCAGAAUACAAACAAAACUUUUGGAAAGUUAUUACUAUUCUUAUGAAUGACUUUAUACAUAUAGGUUAAUUCAUUGGGCUAUACUUGUGAUAUGUUUAUCAAUAUGUGAUUAGUGAAAAUUGUAUUAAAAGUUAUUAUACGUGUGACUUAACCCUCUUCUAAGACUGGAGGGGUUGAGAUGAGAAUUACUUUCUUGAGCAGGCUAAGAGACUGCAUUAAUUGUCUUUGAGAUCAAAUCUAUGUUUAAUUUUUUAUAGCUUUUCCAAAAUUUAAUGAGGGAAAGUUUUGAAUCUGAGAAAUUUUUUAAAUGUGGCACUAUGUUUUGCAAGAUUUUUCCAAGUUAACAUUUUGUGUGGAGACAUUUGCAUUACCCCUGACUGUAAACUCCUUCCCCAGCAGAACAGAGAAUACAAUAUGAGCAUGCUGUUAAGAGCUCGGGGUCAGAUAUUUCUGCUUUACUCUCUCUUGGAAUUAAAGUUCAACUGGAAAUUAAGAGUAUGAUAUAGUACUGAACUGCCUUGAACAUGCUGUAACCUGUGAUGUGGCACCACAUAGCCAGCCUAGUCUGUUUGCCCAACUACCGCCUUAAACAUUACAGCUCGCUGUCACGUGUUAAUAUAGAGAGCACAAAACACUGAGGUAUGUUUGCUGUCACGUGAGGAAAACUUUGCGAUGGCCAGCACAGUUCUGUUCUGGAAAAGCCAUUUCAGGUUUUGACUCAAUCUUUUGCAGUAAACACACCUCAAUAUGAUGAAGCUGCCUGGGCACCCAGAGUGUUGCAACCAUCCUUGAUAUUACUUGAAUCUGAGAUGUGUAUGGAGAAAAUUGAAUUCUAAUUUUAGCUUUUUUUUUUGUUGUUGUUGAAUUAUUUUACAUUUUUCAAUGACUUUUUGUAAAUGUAUUUUCUCUACAGCUGUGAAACUUCUGGUUUAUGCUGUCCUGAAUAAAUAAUUUUAAGAGUGGUUUUAAAGUGAA